AUGCAUUCAGUCUUAGUCUGUCAUUGGUGCCACUACACCGUCACCCGGACGGUUUCCUGUCAAGUGCAGAAUGGCUCGGAGACAGUAAUCCAAAGGGUUUAUCAGAGCUGCCGGUGGCCGGGACCUUGUGCCAACUUAGUAAGGACCCUCAUCCGACCCACGUACAAGAUAGCUUACCGAACAGUAACUGCUCUUGAAUGGCGAUGCUGCCCUGGUUUCACUGGAAGCAACUGUGAGGAAGAAUGUAUGAAUUGCACAAAGCUCACAGAUAUGACUGAAAGGCUGACUAUCUUGGAAGCCAAAGAACAAAACCCACAAUUUGGCAAAUGCUUGAAAGAGCAAGUUCGAUUGCCGUAUCUUAAGAAUAUGUGGCCAAAAUCUAGGGGAAAAUUCUAUGAAAGAAGAACCACACUAGUAUCAUUUGAUAUCUUUUGUCCUGUUAUUGCUGUGGUAACGGGCCUAACACCAGAAGCCUGGCAGUGA